CAAGAGGGCAAAUACUUCACUUAUAUAGGCGCGGGAAUAGAUGCCCUGAAAUCCCUUUACGCCAUCGUUGAAUUUGUGACAAAAAACAAUGAAACCUAUGGAAAGUAUGACCUGGUGUACUUCGCAACAGGGAGAGAUAUGAUUGCCGUACAAGGAUCGAGGCAGGAAAGCGUGCUUCAAGGGUUCGCAUUUGUGGCGUCUGCUUGCACCGACAAGCGUCAACAGCUAGGCGAAGACAAAGCGUACACUUAUAUUGGCAUUCGCAUCAUGGCACAUGAAAUGGGGCAUACGUUGGGCUGCUCACACGAUGGCACGAAUGUCGACGGCAUCAUUAAGUCAUUCAAGUCGGACUCCACGAAUUGCCCCUGGGAAGAUGGCUACAUUAUGAGCUAUAUCGAAGAGGACAGCAGAAGCUAUCAGUUCUCUUCUUGUUGUAACUAUAUGAUGUCUUUAGUUUCGUGGUCCAUGGAAGCUUCCUGUUUGAGGAACAAUGAGACAAUCACGAAAAUAAAAAUGAAGAAGACAAUUUAUUUGCCCGGACAAAUGCUAGAUAAAAACACGCAAUGCAAGAUGACAUAUCCCACAUUGAAACGCACGUAUUACAUGGAGAACCUGGGUGUCCAGCACUGCGUAGCACAGUGCUUUGUCCACGGCAUAGAAUUCCAAGCCUCUGACUCUCAUUGGCCGAUGCUUCUCAUCGAUGGCAGCGUGUGCGAUAAGAGGACCAAUAGGGUAUGUAUAAACGGGAGGUGUGUCGAGAACUUGCUUCCGAAGUAUAAACGCAAGAAAGACAAGAAAUCAAAAAAACCCAAGAAAGGAGAUAAGAAAACUAGCAAGAAAAGUAAGAAAAAAAGUGAUAAAGCUGAACGGACGCCCACUGCACAGGUUACGACCCAAACGAAUAGACGUGAAUAAAAAAAAAGACAUGAAAUCUGCGAAACUAAUAAACAAUUGUUAUUAUUC